GUCAGAGGUGUCUUAUUGGUGUAGUGACAGCUCCCGUAGAAAGAUAGUGAAAAAUGUUACUUUAAUUUAUCACCUGGCCCAAUCGCGUGUAGUCAUGCCGAAGCGCCGUUCACCGUCCACACUUGUGUUAACGUGUUUGAAAGAGAUUUGCUCUUCCAUUGAUUGGUUCUCUCGUCAUCAUCGACAGCAAUUUGUUUGCCUCACUAGUGAUUUGGUCAGCCGGAUUUUCAAUCGAUUAAAAACUAGGCCAGAUUUAACUGCCCAGCAUUUCCAAUUGGUUGUUACGGAUCAUGUAAAUAACAUUGACCUUUCGAAUCCUUAUCAGCACGACGAAUGGGAUUCGUACAUUGAUUCUGUGCUAGAUAUUAUUUAUGUUAGAAAACCGAACCUGAUCCGGAUCAAUUUUUCUAACGUCCUACGCAUUCCGGAUGUUUUUUGGUCUCACAUCAUUCAAUCACUCACCUCACUUCAAAUCAUUAGUCUUCGUUCGACCAACUGCAGUGAUCAGCAAGUUCUCACGAUCCUUAGACAUUGUCGCAAUCUAAGGGAAUUGGAUCUUUCCCUUUGCGAACGUGUAACCAAUUGGAGCAUCUCCUGUCUGAAUGAGGAGGCCGAAGUUGGGUUGAAAUUGCAACACCUGGACUUGAUGCAAACACAGGUGGACGAGCGGGGCAUUCGUUCUGUUUUACAGGGUUGCCCAGGGCUUCGAAGCCUUAAAUGGCGUAAUACAAUUAACGUUUUAGGGCAAAUUUAUCGAGAUCUUUCAGGCAACAGGUCAUUGACUACCCCGCCAAGCUUUUCUCUUCAUCAACUCAUUAGUGAUUAUUCGUAUCGACUUUCCUGUCUUCCAGGAGCUGUCCAGCUCUGUCGCCACGCCGUCCAGGUUAUCAUUGACGGCCCGUCUCAUUUAUUGGCUAAGGAAUUGCAAUCACUAGAACAUUUGGUUUGUCUCCGUGAACUGCACGUCCUAUUGGCCAGUAACAAUAUUACCGAAUCCAAAUUGGAUUUCCGUGAAGGUUUCGAUUUGAUUUUGCUCAAACAUGGUCCGACGUUGGAACACUUAUCGCUUGGCCGGAUUCAUAACGUCAAUCUGCAACGAAUUGCUCAUUACUGCCGUCAACUCGCAUCCUUAUCCCUCGAAUCGAAUCACAGCUAUGACCAUACAGAGACGUCAACGAGGACCAUCCAAUAUCUGUCCAAGUUUCAUGUGAUUAUACGCGAUCGUGAACGUGUUGACGUGGAUGAUUCAGUUCGCGACGUCCCAGGGUUGUGUCUGAGCGCCCUCAUUUCAUCUACAAACAUGAAACAGAUUAAAAUACGAGCCUGUCAGACGCUGGAUGACGAUAUUUUUAUCGAGAAAUUAGUCGGGCACAAUCUUGAGACUCUUGAACUGGAAUCUUGCUCCUAUAUUUCGAUGAAAAGUCUUUGGUCCGUGGUAGAACGUUCCGAACGUUUGUCCAACCUCAAAGUGUAUCGAUGUCAACUAGUCAACUAUCAUGAAAUUGCCACACUUCAUGCAGUCAUCAAUGAGCAACAUGGCGACCUGGCUGUAGAUUACUAUAGCGAUGAUUAAAUGUAAGUGUA